GCACCCUACACUGGGACAGCAAGUUAACACCGAUGCUCAGCAAUGUGCACCAGUUGGAGGAUCGUCUUACAGUGGUUGGAGAUGCAGAGCGGCUGAAACUGCUUGGUGUCCCAGCGUAUAAGAAGCAGACCAAUGAGGCAUGUGGAGCGAUUAUUGCCCGGUUGACAUGCAAGUUGCUGCAGGACUGGUGCUGCACUGACCAAGUUGUCAACAUGGCAUUUGACACCACUCCAUCAAACACCGGCCAUCUCACAGAAGCCUGCAUUGCCAUACAGCUCUCAAUGGGCCGACUGCUUUGGUCUGGGUGCCGGCACCACAUUGGUGAAGUCCUCCUGAACCAGGUUUUCACAGACCUGAAGGUGGAGUCCUCAUGCUCGCCAGAGGUUACCUUGUUCACACGUCUGAGACAGAACUGGAACCUGUUACCACAAGAAUCCAGCAGCCAAUGGUCCCGAUACAUUCCUGGCAACACAGAGCAACCAUUCCUGGCCAAGUUACGUGCUGAACUUGUCAGGUGUGCAAAAGAAGUGAUUGACUACAAGCAAAAUGAUUAUUGUGAAUUUGUGCAGCUGUGUCUUGUGUUUGUGGAUACAGAUGGUGAAGAGCAGACACCAGUGACCUUCCAACGACCAGGAGCGCUCCACAAGGCACGAUGGAUGGCCAAGCUGCUCUACACGUUCAAGCUGGCCUUGAUGGAGCAGCACAUCGCAUUGCUUCCCCAGGGCACAAUCACCACAUGGCAGCAGGUGCCGAAGAUUUGUGCAUUUGCCAACUUCAUCACACACAUCUACGCAAAGUGGUGGCUGACCUGCGAAAAAGCUGUAGAUGCUGCCUUGAAUGAUCUCAAUCUCUACCACCACCUGCAGACAUACAAGGCUGUAGAUGAAAGCAUUGCAGCGUCAGCAAUCAAAGCAUUGGAGAGACAUCGGUGGUACCUGACAGCAGCGCUUUGGCACUGGCUUUGGCAAGCCAAAGUUCCCCACCCUUUUGCCAACCACCAGCUUGGCCGACCUCGCCAACACAGAUUGCUGGUUUGGGAUGCACCAGCUGCACAUUGAUCCAGCAUUUCUGUCUCUGGA